CCUAUAUAAGAGGCUGCAGCCGGAGAAUACAGGCAGAGACCCGGUGAACAUCAGAGGCCACUGGACUAAACUGCAUCCACACAUAUUCAUAUCCAUAUCCAUCUACUUCAACCCGGAGCAGAAGAAGAAUGGGGCUGCACAGCGUCGAGGAGCUGGUGACCGGCAAGAGGUCGGAGGGCAAAGAGGCGGACGACUUCCAGGCGGGCGUGUACGAGGCGGCCGUCAAUCAGGAGAAGCGCGACGACCGCAGGUCCCACGGCGAGCUGGGCGGAGUGGGCGGAGCUCUGUCGGAGGAGAGUGACAGUGGAGGUGAACAGGAGCAAGUCAGCGUCGCAGCGCUCAAUACGGAUAAGAGCGGCCGACUGAAGCUGGAGACGGUGGACGACCUGUUCAACAUCCUGCAGCUGAGGAAGAGGAGGAGAGAGAGGAAGACUCCCGUCCGGAGGAAGCAGCAGCCGGAGCCUGAGACCGUGCCGGAGACGGUGGAUGAGCAGCUGUUUCUGACGGCGGCGAUGGAGAACAAGCUGCCAGUGGUGGAGAAGUUCCUACGUGACGGAGGAAACCCCAAUGUGUCCGACCACUUCCAGAGAAGCGCUCUGCACAAAGCCUCGUUCAGGGGAAACACGGACGUGAUGAAGAGGCUCCUGGAGGCCGGAGCCGCCAUCGAGAAGAAAGACAAGCUGGAGGCCACAGCGGCCCACUGGGCCUGCAGAGGAGGAAGCCUGCCGGCCCUGCAGCUCCUCCUCGACCAGGGGGCAAAGGUCACCUCCAGGGACAAGCUGCUCAGCACUCCUCUCCAUGUUGCCGUGAGGACGGGACACUGUGAGUGCGCUGAGCAUCUCAUUCACUGUGGAGCCGACGUCAAUGCCAAAGACAGAGACGGAGACACGCCCAUGCACGACGCGGUGAGAAUCAACAGAUUCAAGAUAAUCAAGCUGUUGAUGAUGUACGGGGCGAGUCUCAACACCAAGAACUGUGACGGGAAAACUCCCCUGGAGACUCUGUACUCGUGGCAGAACGGAGCGAAGAGCCUCCUGUGUAACUUCGACCAGGUGAAGACCAACGGAGACUCGCCAUGAGAUCCAGACGCAGUGGCUGCCGGCUCAUCAGGAAGAACCGGAACAAAGACGAGCGGCAGACAAAAAGGACGAACUUAGGAUUUGUCUCUUCGAUUCUAUCGUUUUAAACAUACUGAGGUUGACGAAGCACAAGUCUUCUCCUAACGUGUGUGUCCGUCCAGGGAGGAUGUGCAGUGUGUUCAUGCUCGGGCUGAUGUGUUGACUGACAGAUGUUGAUCCCUCCCCCUCAGGAAGUAACUGUAUUUGGCUGCUGCAGGAUCUUUUCAACUAACAGAGCAUUUGAAAUUCACUCAGCUCCUGGUUCAGGGACCUGAACCUCUGAGCAACAGGGACUUGUGUGACAUCUAAUCAGGGUGUCAUUGAUAAUGUGAUUGUUAACCCCGAUAGAUUCAUCGAUCGCCAAAUAUUGCUGGACAAUGGCUCGGCUGACAAUGUGAAGAUGUUUUUUUUCUUUUCCUUCUUUCGUUUGUCUUAACUUUUACUUUGCGCUGAGUUGAAGUCAGCGAUGCUGCAUCGAGAAGGUGACUUAUUUAUUGAUGAAUGGCAACUGUCGGCCAUCGAUUUAUUGGGUUUGAUUGAUUUAUUUUCAAUACCAUACACUUAAUAACUGAGUGACUGAUUGUUUUGCGUUAUACUGUGGUUUAAUUCUGAGUUCGUUAUUUGUGUGAAAGGACUCCGUGGUCAGCGUGAAGACCUGAUGUGUUGUUCUACUGAAACAGAAGAGUUCUUCGGUCUUAUACGUGUGGAAGAGACGGCGCGACGCAGAUGUUUGAAUCAGGUUGAAAAGAAUCUCUCCGCUCACAGAUUUACACUGACUCUACUGUUUUAUUUUGUUUUUAUUAAGUUAAAGAGCAAAUAGAGAGUCUCCCGCAUUCGGCUGCAUAAUCAAACAUCUUUAUAUUAAUCUAUAUAUACGAUCUAUAUAUAUAUCUGUAAGAUCUAAAAGUUUAAAUCUACUGUCAUUCAAACAAAAUAGCUGUAGUUUCUUUGACAUAUCUCAUGUGAUUUUUCAUUUUGAAAGACAUUUUGGAAAUUGUUGAAAACACACACACACACACACACACACACACACAGACGAGUGUGAGAGGGAAGGAAUUGAAAAGUCACUGUUGGUUCAGAGGAUGUCUGAAGAGUGUUUAAGUGGAGUGAACAAGUCUUGAUAGAUGAAUAAGAAUCUGAUUUAUUUUUCUAUUGUAAAAACACGAAUGUAAAUUUUGCCUUGAAUUAAAGGAUUGAAUAAAACAGAUUUUGAAUUUU